AGCUUUCGGUCACACUUCUGUCAUCAGCUGUUGCAAAUAAAAAUCAAGUUUGCGACACAAAAAUACAAAAAUGGUUGUGUCGAAAGAGGAGCAGGAGUUCAUCAAGCGCAAGCAUGAACACACACUGAAGCUGCGCAACGAGUUCCUCAAGCAGAGCUCCAAUCCCUACCGCCAUGCCACCGGCGAAGGCGGCACCGUGUUCGAUGCAGGAUUGGCCCGCUUCCAGGCGAUGCGCGUUUCCAACUACGAGCACUUCAAGCCCACGGGCAAGUCCUUCCGCACCGGCCUCUUUGCCGUGGUGCUACCCAUUGCCGUUUACGCCUGGGCCCUGAAGUCGGAGCGCGACGGACGCGAGGAGAAGUACAGGAAGGGCGAAGUGGCCUACAAGGAUCGCCGAUUCAAGUUCAUCUAAACGAUACAUUUAAGCCAUGCCCGAGUUAUCUUCGAUUUGUAGUGGAAUUAAACAAAAAAACAAACCAAAAGCUA